AUGUAAAUUAAAUAUCAAUAUAUUAUUAUCAAAAGUGGAGGAGGAUCUUAUGAUUAUUAAGGAGAGAGCAAUGGGGAAAAUAAAAUUGGAAAGUGGGUAGAGCCCAGUGAAUUUUUCCCAAAGUAUUAGUUAGAUAAUUUUUAUAGCUUAUGCUAAAUAACCUAUAAUGGUUAGUUUAAAAGAGGAGAAAGAAUUGGAAAGUGGGAUAUUAUGUAUAGAAGGAUGAAUUUGAAUGGAUAUACGUAAAUUUUAUUGAUUAUUAUCUAAAAGUGGAGGUGGAGUGUAUGAUAAUUAAUUAAAUAAGGGGAAUGGGUUGAAUUGAAUGAAGGGUUUAAUUUGUGAGUUUAAGUAUUUAAAAAUAUUAGGAAUAAUUAAACGAUUACUAUUGGUAAGUAUCAAUAUGGAAUAAAAGUUGGUAAUUGGGAUAAUUGGUAGUUUAAAAGUUUAGUAAGCAUACAAAAAGAAAAAAUGUAUGUAUUUGUUAUUAUCUAUAGAGGAGGAGAUUAUAGAGUAAAUGAAAGAGAUGAUUAGAUUAUUUCUGAAAUUAAGGAAGGAAGAUGGAUUGAGUUAAGUGAAAGAUUUAAUGAGUAAUGAAAUUGAUUAAAUGUAAUUCAGUUCCAAUUAGGUUACCUAUGUUAGUGAAUAUUAAAGUGGUGUACAAAUAGGUAUAUGGUGUACAUUUAUGAAUUGGAAUGAAAUUAACUAACAUAUGUAUAGUAUAGCUUAAUAUUUGUUUAAAUAGUGGGGGUGAAAAUACAAAAUUAGAAAAGUAUAUGAUAAAAUUGUUUGCUCAGAUAAAAUAUAAUAGUGGAUUGAAUUAAGUGAUUAGUUUCAAGUGUACUAAAUUGAUUUUUUGUGAUUAGUUCAAAUUAAAUCUAUUAUUAUGGUGAAUAUUAAAAUAGGAAUAAAGUUGGUAAAUGGGAUAUUUUUUAUAAAGAUGUUGGUCUGAAAAAAGAAUGA